UGUACUCAACGCAUUAACCAAUGCAUUUACAUAUUUCUGUGUUAUAAUAUUCAUCACCUUUCAUGGCCACCGCUCGUUUAUUGUGAAGACACUGUCAUAUUGAAAUGGAUUGACUCAUACUUUAUUUUAUUUCGACUCUACAUCGCCGGGGUGCCGUACUUAGCAGAGCAGCCGCUUCGCUGCGAUCUAUUCAAAGUAAGCCCCCAAGACAUGUUGGAUUCCGUUGGAGAUAAUUGAAAAGUGCUUACAGCACAACAAUAUAGAUUACUGACCACACAGCGCCUUAAAACGUCAGUUAUAAAAUGACCAUGCAUACAGGCAUGGUCAUAUCGAUACGUUGGACUGAAACUGCUUCCUUGUGAUUAUUGGUGUGCCUCCAUGGUGUAGAUAAAUUUGACACGGCUUCUCGACGCCGCUUGGGCCGCCUUGAAUGGCAGGGAUAUGAGGAAAGGAAGUGUUCGGCUGGUAAUUGCGAUUUGAAAACAGAAGUGGCUAACCUGCAGGUUGUAUUUAAUUUCUAUGUCGAAGAUCAAGAACGGUGUUUGGAAUUCUUCAGCUUAUUCCGACGAGACCCGCAUACAUGUAUCCCGUUACCCCGUAGUAUCUAGAGUUUCGAAUAUUUAUCUAAAUACUACGACGCAUGCGCGUUUCGGUUCUGGGUGAUUAGCUAUACCCAUGAACUCCGGGGUCAGACAAGCAUUGGGGGGAAAGUGCUGCUUUUUGGGGCUAUGCCUGUUCAGUGUAACUGCACUCGCGACGUUGUAUUUUUACGGAACCGUAAAUCAUACUAUUUCUUUUAAAAACUGGAAUUCGUCACAGAUCAGAAAAUUGGGGAAACCGUCGCGGACUAGCGCCAUGACGUCAUCACACGAGCAGACGAUUAGCGACAAUAUUUUUGAAAUACGUCAGAAACUGAAGCAGCAUAUGAAUACAAGUAGUUUUCUUUUAACUCAAGAGAACACUCAUGUUGGAAAAAAAUAUUACAACUCGUAUUUUCAAUAUUCUGUGACGAUCAAGAAGAGUUUUCUAAACAUUCUUCCUAAGACGUCCCCUUUUUCGAACAAGAACUUGUUUGAGACAUGUGCAGUUGUCGGGAAUGGCGGGAUUCUUAAAAACAGCAAUUGUGGCAAGGAAAUAGACGGUCACGAUUUUGUUAUAAGGACGAAUUUGCAAGAGAUCCGUAAAUUCGCCGAUGAUGCAGGAAGUAAAACCAACCUGACGACCAUAACUCCAAGCACCAGGUCUUUGAUCGACAAACAUUCCCGUUUAGAUGUUCUAAAAACCAUCAACGUAUUGGCAGAUUACAACGGAUAUCUCAUGUGGAUACCACAUAGCUGGAAACAACACCAUAACAGCACUAUGGAAAUGGCUUUUGAAGUUGCCAAACUUUUACAGACCAACACAUCGCUUCGCCUACUAUUUGCUGACCCACAAUACUCGAAACAGUUUAGAACUUACUGGAAGAUUGGUCGCAAAAUAUUUUCUUCUGGUCUGACUAUCGUUAGUAUAGCACUCGAUUUGUGUGAAGACAUUCACGUUUACGGUUUUUGGCCAUUUCCCGCGAAUGUCGCAGGGGGCGCUAUUCCGAUGCAUUACUCUGAAGAUAUUUCAUGGGAUUCGUACAAAAAAACCCACGACUACGCCACCGAAUUUAAACUUUUGAAUAAGUUUGACGACCUGGGAAUUAUACAACUACACCUGGAUGAUUGUGAUAAAUAAAAUCAUCUGACAGUCCUUCAUACGUAUGUAAGACGUCUGAGGGGUUUACUAUAGCAGUAUUAUUUGUGUGUUUUUUGUUUAUGACCAUAUUGUGCUCCGACUGACUAUGUAUUCUAACCUGUUCUGCUCUGACUAGGCUGCCAAAUUUUUCAUUCUUUUACCAUGAUGUCAACAAUCAUUGAUGAAAACAUGGAGGUAAUUAACAAUGAAAUUAAGAAGUGUACAGAACAUGUGGCGUACAGAGGGAAUAACCACUCCCUCUAAAGAAUUCUUGAUACUGUGUAUUAUUAUUUAUCUUUAUGUCAGACUGUCAAGCAUUUGAAAGUCUUUAUAAAACUAGUAUGAAAAACAAAUAAAUAAAUGAACAAAAACUAUAAGUAGGUCAACAGAAAUGAAUGAAGAAAAAAAAAUGCCACGUUUGCCAACUAGUGUGCGUAUGGCAAUAUUAAUAGUACAAAAUAUUAUUCCAAUGCUGGAACAAG